AUGCAAUCAGAACACAAUGUACUGCAUGCUAAUCGCAUUCAAACUCCAGGGACUCAGUCUUGUCCGCCCCCGGAAUUACCCCAGCUCGUCGCCGAGCAACAUGUUCCCAUUGCCGCCAACGACAAGGAAACUCAACGCCUAAUCGUUGUCCUAUCCCAUGCUAGUCUGGAGACCUACCGUGCCUCCCAUGGUGGGCGCAAUGGCGCCGGUCGUGAUGAGAAGUACUCAUUGCUGAACAGCGAUGAGCAUAUCGGUGUGAUGCGCAAGAUGAAUAGAGACAUCAGUGAAGCUCGACCAGAUAUCACUCAUCAGUGUCUUCUCACUCUGCUUGACUCUCCUGUCAACAAGGCCGGCAAACUCCAAAUUUACAUCCACACGGCCAAAGGUGUCCUAAUCGAAGUGAACCCAAGUGUUCGAAUUCCACGUACAUUCAAGCGAUUUGCUGGUCUCAUGGUCCAGCUCCUGCAUCGGCUCUCGAUCCGCUCCACCAAUUCUCAGGAGAAGUUGCUCAAAGUCAUCAAGAACCCCAUCACCGAUCAUCUGCCCCCUAAUUGCCGCAAGGUGACCCUCAGUUAUGAGGCUCCGGUGGUGCGGACCAGAGAUUACAUUGAGUCUCUAGGUCCUAAGGAGAGCGUCUGUAUCUUUGUCGGAGCCAUGGCCAAAGGUCACGAUGAUUUUGCCGACACAUUCAAGGACGACACGAUCAGUAUCAGCAACUACAGCCUGAGUGCUAGCGUGGCAUGUAGCAAGUUCUGCCACGCAGCCGAGGAAGUGUGGGAUAUUGUAUGA